CCACAGACCCUCAGGCAGGCAGGCAGGUAGGCAGGCAGACAGAAAAACGGACGCAGACGUUCACACCAUGAGCAUUAAAGCGUGGUUGAUGAGAUACAGACGGACAUCCAGACGAGUCAGUCACAGACAGGGAUGCACUCCACGGGCAAUGAACACACGUCUGACACAUUUCUAUCUCUGUGAUCCCCGGGGCGUGUCACGAGAGCGCACCAGGCGGCUGGCUGUCCAAACGUCUGUUUUGCAGCCCCACCACCGGCGGCACACCGACCACUCCCCUCACCUUUACAACACACAUCCACUGCUCUCCCCUCCCACACACACACAGACACCUUCUCACACACGGGCAUCGUGCAACACACUGCCUGUGUGGGUAGGCGUGCACAGCACCACCCACACACAUGCCACGAAGAGCUACAUGGUAUGGUAUGUCCCGCUGGUCGGCAAAACGCCGCUGUCUGCCAGUUGGUCUGGUCGGUCCCCAAAAUUGACGCCCGUCCGUUCGUUAUCAACACAGACAGCCACACGCCCACACGAGUCAGUCAGUCAGUCAGCUGCACAUGAAGGACACGUUGGUCUGGUCGGUCAAAAAAGAUCGGCACGACGAAAGAAACGAAAACCGCACCACCUAACACCACACCACACCGCACCACAGACAUAACACAGGUAAGUAUUGCGGUCAUUGCGUCCCCCCGCCCGCCCCCCGUGUGUGCGUGAGGUCUGGUCUGUCUCACCGGUGUGUGGUGGCUCCGGUGUGAGGCGGUGAGUCUAUGCGCCCCGCUGGACCUCGCCGAAUAGGCCGCCGGUGGCGGGUUUGAAGUUGGGGUCCUUGAGCUUCUUCUCGCGCUUGGCCACCACGGCGUGGCCCAUCGAGUGGUAGAUGCUGUUGUACUUCAACGCCCGCUGCAGCCGGGCCUCAGACAUCCUGGAGACACACACCGGAGAGACAGAGACACGGCAUUCAACGUGAGCAUGCCCCUCCCCUCUCCCACCCCAGUGCGUCCCAUCCCAUGUGUGGCCCAGCUCACCUCUCCAGGUGCCCGUCGCCUGUCAUCAGACGCGCCGCAACCGAGUAGGCGCGUUUGCUGUGGCCGUCCAGCUUGCCAGACAGGCCCGACGCCUCCUUCUCGAGCUUCUCGUGCACCCUCUUCUGCUUCUCCGUCGUUUUCUCGCCACGGACGUUCUGAAUGAAGUUGCCGACGUUGUGAGUCGUCCACAGGAGCAUCGGAGCGACGAAGGCCAUCUCGUCAAACAAACAGAGGGAGUGCUGUGCGAAGGACGCGAAGCGGACGCGAAAUGGACGCAAAGA